AUGGCAGUUAACUACGCAGUUUUGCUCCUACUGGUUCUUUACUGUCUACUUUGUCGGGCCGAUAAAUUCGAGGCUACCAACUUCACAGUUUCUGGGGCUGAAGAUGCCAAGAUUGGAACCGACGUUCUCAGCUUGCCGCGUUUGUUGGGAACGGAGAAAGCGGAACUUCCGUGUGCAAUAGUGGAGGGGGAUCCCUACGGCCGGUUCUAUGUGAGUAACAACUGUACAGUUAUAGUCGCCAGGCCACUGGACUGGUCUGUACAGUCGGAGUAUCUUUUAAAAAUUCUUGUUGGUGGACAAGAAGACCCUGAUCACCAUGUCGUCAGGAUCAGAGUAAAUGUGAGAAACGUUUUGGGCUAUCCUCCUGUGUACAACAAGAAGUGUGAAACACCGGUCAAUCCCAGGGGAAACCUGUCUGGGGAGUUCCUGUUUAGCCUUUCUCUGAGUGUAGAAGUUGAGACAACUGAAGGAGAUGUUUUCUUCACUGAGAAAAUUAUUAAUAAGCCUUUUGAGAAAUGGGACAUGGACGAUCUUAAGGUAAUCAUCACAGGAAAUGACAACUGCGAAGUUCGCAUUGCUGCUGGCAUACGUAAUUUGAACGACCUCUCGGCUGCAGCAGAAAUAUGGUACGGGUUUUACAGGGGGGAGGAUGGGACAGUUACGUUAUCAUGUCAUGCGGAGACUGCCUUCAUACAGUCAGAACUGUCAAUCAUGCUUUUAGAUAUUCGAGAAUUCCACAUCCAUGGCAACUUGCCUUACUUGGAACAGCUGGAGAUCCCGAUCCCUCAAGUCCUGGAGAAACUUCAGCACUCCCUUUUCAUCUACUUUCUGUCGUUUAAUGUUCCGACAAAUAGCAGAACGCACUAUACAUGCAAACUUCCGAUACAGCAUCGUCCACUCAGUUUUUUCAAAGAUAAAGAUCAUUCUGUUACUCGACUAAAUGUACGACACGUCGAAACGUUGACUAUGGAUUUGAGCCGUAUCGGCUGUGCUCCCGAUAGAUACGGCCUUCUUUGUGAUCAGAACUGCAUAUGUAAGAAUGGUGCCCGCUGCCAUGGCUUCAACGGUGCCUGUAAAUGUACAGACGCCUGGCAAGGUGUCGCUUGUGACAUUCCAAAGCCUGGCGUUUCUGCAGCGACGACACCUAGCGACCCUUCUGAUAUCUACAUUUCCGCUAACGUCACAGUUCACUGUAAAGUUCACCACGUCAAAGCUACAACGUUAUCAUUACGACUUCCAAACGGGUCGGAGAUCGUUAGAAAGAACUCAUCUCGAUUAGACCAAAUUCUGUUGAACGUACAGCCCACAGACAAUGGUCCCUACAUGUGUAAAGUAUGGGACACCUACGGAAAGGUCUUCAACGCAACCGUUGUACUUGACAUGGCUAAGUGUCCACCUAAUAGAAAAGGCGAGUUCUGUGAUGAGACGUGUGACUGUCUCCGUGGCGCCACCUGUGACUGGAGAUCUGGCUGCGUCUGUCCCGCGGGCUGGACAGGAACCAGGUGUCAGACCACAUGUCCGAACGGCACGUACGGCGAGCGGUGCCGAGAGGAGUGUCGCUGCCGAAACGGUGCUAGCUGCAGCCCUAGCGACGGCAGGUGUACCUGCGCGGCUGGCUGGUACGGCUGGCAGUGCGACGUACCUUGUCCUCAGUCCAGGCACGGCCUGAGGUGUCAGCAAGUGUGCACCUGUAAGAACAACGCCACCUGUCACAACGUGGACGGCACCUGCACGUGCGUGGCGUCGUGGACAGGGAAGAAUUGUGACCAAGUCGAAGAGCAAGAGCAGCCAAUGCGACCGGAACCACUGCUUGAAAUAUUUGUCCCAAUCGGCUCCGUUAUCAUUUUGGCUGCUUGUGUAGGGGCCAUACUGUACAGGAAGAGGCACCUGUGCGGCCAGGUGGAGGCAGACCUGGCACAGACCGUCCGGCCGGGCUGGCUCAGCCGAUGGGGUAAGACCAGGCGGCACCUCACACUUGGUCCCCUGGUCGGGAUGGGGAUGUUUGGUCAAGUCAUUCAGGCCAAGCUCAAGACACCUGCCGGGAACAUCACCGUUGCUGCCAAGGCGGUUCGCAGACGGGACAUUCAAUGUUAUCGCAACUUCUACAGAGAGGCGGCCAUUUUGGUAGCCGUGCAUGAAGACCAACAUCACGACAACCUCCGCUCCAACAUCAUUCAAUUGUUGGGAUUCAUCAACGAGCCGACCCACAAGUAUAUCCUCAUGGAAUACGCUUCCAACGGUAACCUUUUACGUUUGCUGCGGCAGGCACGAAGGCAAGUCGGGCCGCAGUCUCUCCCACGUCAUCUCCGCUAUGCCGUGCACAUUGCCCGCGCUCUUCAGGAGCUCCAACGCCUGGCGCUCACACACCGGGACGUGGCCGCUCGGAACGUCCUCAUCACUGCUCACCACGUGGCCAAGUUGGCCGACUUUGGACAGGCUCGUGACGUCUACACCGCUGUCCAAUACGUGCCUAAUGAUAAACACGGCAUAGAACAGCCUGCUAAGCCUAAAGACAACGUAAAGAAUGAAGUAUUCCCCCUGAACUGGACGGCUCUGGAGUCAUUAGAGACGGGUGAGUACACCUGUCAGAGUGACGUGUGGUCCUUCGGCGUGCUGCUGUGGGAGAUCGUCACCAUGGGACAAGAACCGCGUUACCAUGGCAACGACCAACCCACCUGCCAACAGCUUGCACGGACCCUCCGGAGGGGAAUCCGGCUAAGAAGGCCUCCGAAAUGUUCCGUAGAGAUGUAUGACGUCAUGAUGUCGUGUUGGCGGGAAAGUCCACCAACAAGACCGGGUCCGGAUGAAGUAGAGAUGAAACUCGUACACCUGCGGAAUGCGAUGAUUACAGUAAGGGAAACGACUGUCUGAAUUGUCAAAAUUGAUGUUCAGCUAUUUUUUGUGCCCAACCUGUAUUAGUCAAGAAGUUGCCUUUUCUGAUUGUGAGCUGAUUCAAUGGUGUCAGCAUGCAUCAUCACAAGUAUUGUGCUGAUAUACAUAAU